GCGCAGGGCGGGCAGCUUCAGUGGGCAGCUAAGGUGGCUUCUCUUCAACAGCCCCGUCCCCUCCCUAAUCCAGGACGGGCCCCAGUGUGGUUUGGUGGCCCUGUGGAUGGCCAGCGCCCUGCUGUCCUUGCCCGCAGCUGUUUCCUUGGAGAGGGUUGUGCAGGUGGCUUUGGAGCAAGGCUACACAGCUCAGGGGGAAAUGUUCUCAGCUGCCGACAUGGCCAAGCUAGCCGAGGUGGCGUUCCGCUGCAAAACAGAGCUGCUUUCUGGAGGCCUGGAGGGGGAAAACCACAAAAGGAUUCUUCAGCAUCUCUGUGCCGGUUUCCCUGUGUUGAUACCCUACGAUGAAGACUCCAACCAUGAGCCCUGCCUCAGGCGGGGCUACAAGGCUCACUGGGCCAUUGCCUCAGGGGCACUCCUCGGCCUGCAGAGCGACGUCCGCCUGCCUCCCUGCCAGGAGGACGAGGAGAUCCCGGGACUCUUCCACACCAGCCCUCCGGUCCUGCCUCUCCCCCCGGACGCCGUGGCCGAGACGUACCUGCUGGCGAAGCAGGGCAAGAGCUGCCGGUACCAGCUGUGGAGCUACGCGCAGGUGCAGGGCAGCAACGCGCAGCUGACGGAGCUCAGCCCCAAGCGUGCGGCCGACGGCAAGGUCUACAUCGUGCCGGCAGGGGGGCUGCGGGAGGGGCUGUGUGGGAAGGCGGUGCUGCUGCGGCCGGGUAUGCUGGGCGGCGGCGGCGGCGGCUCCCACUGAGCAGGCGCCGCGAGCCCCACGGGCGGGGGCCUCUUUCCAAAGCGCGGGUGAGACGGCCUCACUGGGGCCCGUCCAAGCAGCUAUCGGCCAAGUCACGGAGGCAGAACCGCCUUCUUAGAACGGCGGCCUGGAGGCUCUACGUUCAGAGGCAGUUGCCCUCCAGGUAGCAGCUUGGACUCUGGGAGGGAAAAGCGCCUUCCGUCCUGCUGUGGGAGCUUCCCAGAGGCAGGCCACUGUUUAACGGGGCGCUGGAGCGGAUGUGUGGGCGCUCGGGGCGGAGCAGGGCCUUGCUGCGGCGGCUGGCGGCAGACAGCAGGCAUGGAGGCUCUUCUGUACUGCCCCGCUGGCCAUGACCUCAGUCAUGUCGCAGCAGGCCCUUCUCUCCCCCAUCCCCAAAGAGCAGGAGCCGCGAGGGAAGAGCACGGCCUCGCCUCCGAUCUGGCGGAACACAAACAGGCUCGCUUCUGCCUCGCAGGCUGUGGGCCGGGCAAGCAUGUGCUGCGGCGAAGGGUUCCUCAUGAGCCCAAGGGUUCUUCCCCGCCGGAAGGAAGGCAGCUUGUGCCUGUGACUGAGUCACUGUGCUAGUCUAGCCAUUGCCGCUCGCUUGGGGGAGUGGGCGCUCCUUCAGGCACGGCUGGAGCAGUCCUCCCCUCGCCCAAGGGCUCCGUGGCGCUGUCCCCAGAACGGGGAACGAGCAGAAAUGCAGCGGGGGCUCUCCGCCACGCAUCUCAGAGCCACCCCUUUCUCGGCUCCAAGAGCCAGGCGUGCCCCUCCGUCCCCCGUGCCAUGCCUGGUCCGCUCCUGCUUUGCAUCUCAGGAAUGUGGCGGAUCUGCCGGGAGCAUCAGAGGGCCCUCUGGGGAAGGGGGCGAAAGCCUCCUUUGGGGCGGCGGCAGCAUCUUCCCCCAGCUGGGCAGGGCCACGUCUGCAUCGUGGCAGGUGCCGGGUGGGGCUCAGGCCGUCCCAGCACCGCCUCGGCUUGCUCCACCUGCGUGAGGAGGAUCCGUCGGCGGCGCGUCACUACUGCCUUCCGGGAACGACACGCUUUUUCCGAAGGCUGGCAUUUCCUCCAGUUGCAGAGCCAACCGGGGUGACGCCAGUUCCAGCGUCUGUCUUGGCAAUGGGCAGCCGUGCGGGGGAAGCGCAUUUAUGUGCUGAAGUGUCUCUUAACGCCACCAGCCUCGUGUGGCCCGAGAUAAUUUUAGCAACCUGGAGGCUUUUGGGCAGCAUAGAAAUGGAGCGAACUAAGGAAGCUGGGCCUGGACUGGGGGCGGGGGGGGUGUAAGCACUCAUUCUCUGGCUGUGUGGCCUGGGGCAGGUGCUGCCAGUGAGCCUCGGUUUUCCAUCUGGCUUAAUGCUUGUGCUGAUAGUGAACGAAACGGUGGUUGUAAAGUGCUUUGGAAAUUAAACUUUUGAUAAGCA